GUUUCGUCAGCAGGGCUUGGUCAUUCAAAAACAACUCUCUGAAUCUGUGGAGCGCAGGAACACAACGCUACACACCAGCAAGUCAGACACCCUUCAAGCCAGAUUUAGUUACACUGCCAGAGAAAGAAAAGGUGAGAGAGAGAGAAAGAAGAGAGACUGAAUCAAACCCGGUUUUGUAGUUUAAGUCAGAGAAAAGGGAGGGUGAAGAAGAGAGUGGACCGAGGACUUACCGUGGACAGUGACUUACUGGGGAGUCCCACCUCCAGAGAGGGAGGGCAGUGUUUACUCUGUGUUCACUGUCAAAAGAGGUGCAACUGGGCCUCACGAAGAAAGACAACUACAUCAUGUGGACAAUCGUCCAGGUGCCUGAAGAAAGCACAAGACCAUUGAAUCACAGGCAGCCAGUGGUUCCAAAGCCAGGUCGCCACAGAAGGCCCAUGACGGCUCCAAAGCCUAAGAAAGACAAGGCGUCUAAGACGAAGACAGUGUUGCUCACUGUCUUGACAGUUGUGGUGUUACUAGGCAUACUGGCCACCGCAGUAUACUUCAUUAAACAGCUGAUUGACAGCAAAUAUUUCUUCUGCAAGCAUUCCGUGAAGUUCAUCCCAAUAGACCAGGCAUGUGACGGGAAAAAGGACUGUGCAAAAGGGGAGGAUGAAAUUACCUGUGUGGCUGGCUUUAAAGUCAACACUACCUAUCCAGUGCGUCUCACGUCAGCUCGCCAUGUCCUGCAGGUGUACAGUCCUGGCUCAGGCUGGCGGAGUGUGUGUGGCGAUGACUGGACCCAGCAGCACACACAGACGGCAUGCAAGCAACUGGGAUACACAAAGGAACCUCGGAGCACCAGUGUCCCAGUGGACGUUUUGAUAUCUUCCCUGAAAACCGGACCUUUCACAACUGUCAGGCCAGGGACCACGACCACACUCAUACAUCAGGCUACCAUUGACCGCAAUGAAUGCAGAUCCAGAUCUGUGGUAUCUUUGUCCUGUUCGGACUGUGGACAGGUGGCCUCUCAGGACCGUAUUGUUGGGGGUACAGAUGCUCUCAUUGAGGACUGGCCCUGGCAGGUUAGCCUGCAGGUUGGAGGCAGCCAUAUCUGCGGAGGCUCUCUGGUGUCACCGCAUUGGGUUGUCACUGCUGCCCACUGCUUUACUGAUAAAAAGGAGCUGAGUCGCUGGAGAGUUGUGUCAGGCCAGACAUACAUGGGCUCACUGGGAGGCUCCUAUGUGGACAGGAUCAUCGUAAACGGAGACUACAAUCCGGCUCAAAACGAUUAUGACAUAGCAAUGAUGAGACUCAGCAGCCCGAUCAGUGUUGGAGCGAGCCGCAUGCCGGUUUGUCUACCUCCUAAUGCCUUUGGCCUUCGAGCCGGAGACACCAUGACUGUGACUGGCUGGGGACACCUGAAGGAAAACGGUAAGGUUCAUCCUUCGCUGCAGAAGGCCUCCGUCCCUCUCAUAGACCGGACUACGUGUUCCAGCCCCACAGUGUAUGGUGCUUCCAUUACUCCAAGGAUGAUCUGUGCUGGUUAUCUGGAGGGAAAGGUGGAUGCCUGCCAGGGGGACAGUGGGGGUCCUUUGGUGCACUUCACCUCCUCUCAGUGGCAUCUGGUAGGAGUGGUGAGCUGGGGCGUCGGCUGUGGCCAGGCGAGAAAGCCAGGUGUCUACCACAACGUUGAAGAGACGCUAAGCUGGAUUCACACAGUCAUCGACAAAAACCCCUGAGGUCCUCCAUCCACCACGAGACUGCAGUCCAGUCCAGCUGGGACAGACCGUGAAACUGAAAAAACACUUUGGUUUCAUUGUGGUUUACUGAGAGACUGAUGGAGAGAAAAGGGGAAGUGGAAGAUCGAGCUCAGCAGCAAUGCAGAUGAACUGUUAAACACAGCCUUAUGCAUGAACACACACACACAAAAACUUUUUUUAGGUGUGGUUUGUACCAUUUCAGGUUCUUAUCUCAGGGGACAAGUAUAUCUAUGUUGUUUUGGUAUGUGUCGCUGUCUUGUCUGGGACGUUUUUAGCUUUUACAGUGUUGUAAUCUGACAAACCCAAACCACUGACUCCAAUGUCUUUUAAAAAGAUUAUUAUCAAUUUAAAAUGCUGCUGUUGACAUGAUGAUUUAGCAACAAGUGUACAAAUGGUGUAAGUGUGAAGACUAGGCUGGCAGACAUAAUGUACUUGAUUACUAUUCGCUAUGAUUUUGGAUGUGCAAUGUGAUAUGAGGGUUCAUAUGGUACAGAAAAGCAACGAGAGACAGGGUAAACCUGUAUUAUGCUAAAGCCAUCAGACAUCAGUGUGAAGCCCCAGGUUAGUAUCAUCAGUGAUGCAAAGUCCAGGAGUUUAACGCAUUGAUGGUGCUGAUUCAGUUGAUCUGAUGCGUGUCCGUAUUAAAGGGCAAAUGCACCUUUUCACAGCACAGAUGUGUGCUUUUGCUCCUACCACACAUCGACUUAUACGAGCACUUUAAGUGGAAAGUGAAAAUUACUUGACGUUGCUGCGAGUACUCAACUCAAGGAACUAGUCUACUGAUGCACUGAAGACUAUAACUUAAAUAACACUGGUAUGUGUUCACAGGACCUCCACACUGAGUGCAAUCAGAUAUGCUUUGUGCCUUCAGAGAACUCAGACCGUGGCCAGAAUAUUUGCUUUCACAUUUAAAAGGAGGGAGCAUCGUAUGUAAAUAUGUGCAUCUAUUUGUAGCAAAGUAACAGAAUUCAUUAACCUGUAUUUUUUGUUUAUUUAUGAUCUCUGGUCUAUAGAGACUGACACUAAUUAAGUAUAAAUUGGCACUUUUAAAUUAAAAAAAUAAUAGUUAACAUAUGGUAUUAUACUAUAUGAUAUUUAAAAAAAAUUGGGACAAGAACAGCGUUUCUUUUAAGGUUUGCCUACAGUUUGGUGAGUGCCAUGGUGGCUGAUAUCAUUUGACUAUCUAUGUUAUGUUUUGUUGAUUUUUAUGUACCUGUAAAAUAGGUUGUCAAUGCAAUAAAGGCAUUCUUCUUU